CUGAGGCACCGGAUGUAGAUGUACUGUUCCUUUAACAGCCACCAGACUCUGAUAUAUGAUGCUGAGAGGAGUGCAUCAGCUUUCAGUACCCAGUCCACCAGAAUAACUGUGUGUACAUGGGAUGCAUCAAGGAGGACAAACUCUUAAUUUUAUUAACAACUUUUCUUUAACGUGAUAAUAAAGGAUAAAUGGAGCGAGGGUGAGAGCACCACGAUGGACUCGGUGGACCAGAGAGAGCAGGAGAAGCUUAUCAUGUUUAUUAGCUUUCCGCUGUCCUCCAUCAUUAUUCUAACCAACCUGCUCAUCAUCAUUGGUAUCGCCUGCAACAAACAGCUCCAUGACACACCAAACUACUUCUUCCUGAGCCUGCUAGUGGCAGAUCUCUGCACAGGCCUCGCUCUGCCUUUUAUCCCUCUCAUGGGUCUCAAUCGCUCGCUGAAUUUUGAGUCCUGCCUGGUAGUACACAUCUUCCCCAAUUUCCUCUUACUGUCCUUCCUCUUCAACCUGGUCAUGGUACACUAUGAGCGGUAUCUGUGCAUCGUCCAUCCACUGCACUACAGCCAGUUUUGGGUGCACCGCUGCUUUCCAGCUGCACUUUUAGCUGUUUGGAUUCCUCCUCUACUCUAUGCUAGUUUACCCGCAUUCGGAUGGAACAACUGGAAUGAAAUCUUGGAUGCUAAUACAUCCCAUGCUAACGUUUGUGACUACAAUUCAAGAGAACCAGGAAGUGGACAUAACUGCUCAGGAAACACAAACGAUGAGGAGGAUUAUUGCUUCUACAAUAAGAUUUUUCCCAAACCCUUUAUCUACUUGGAAGUUUAUGGGCUACUUUUGCCUGCCAUCUUCUCCAUCCUGGCCAUGACAGGCAAAGUUCUCUGGAUUACUCGAAAGCAACUGCGUGACAUUUGUAAGCUUAAUCGGUCUGUGGAGCACAGCAGGGCCUCAGAACAUGAACAUAGCCUCAAUCUGCGAUACACAAAGUGUGUUGCUGCUGUCUCACUCACCUUCCUGGUCUGUUGGGUUCCCUACAUCGUCUACUUGCAUGUCUCCGUUAUGUUGUUUCGAGGAGCUGGAACGAGAUACUCGUCACUUAACAUCAUUCUCUCGUGCACGGGAAUCGGAAGCAUGGCCAUCAUUCCCAUCAUACUCAGUUUUGCCAAUAGGCAGUACACAGAGCCAGUACGCAAUCUGCUGAUAAAAAUCAGGACUCGCUGCACUAAAGUGCAGGAUCUCAGGAAUCCUACCUGAAAACUCUACAAUUCUUUUUCACAAGAGAACAAAUGUCUUUUCGUACAAGCAAGUAGCAGGAGGUGGACCUCAGCAUUAAAACAAUGUAGCAGAAUUCUUUGUUCAUUCAUAAUGUUUUAUUUCCUAGUUGUUUAUAGUGGUUGUUAAGUAGCUUGGGUAAUAACUUCCUGCUAACAUUCCAGGACAAAGCUUCUCCAAUGGUUUCCAGUAAUGAAAGUAGUGAUGUAUGAUUUAGGUUUAAUGAUUUGCAGAAGUAGGGGGGCACUGUGGCUUAGUGGUUAGCACGCUUGCCUCACACCACCAGGGUUGGGGGUUCGAUUCCCGCCUCCACCUUGUGUGUGUGGAGUUUGCAUGUUCUCCCCGUGCCUCGGGGGUUUCCUCCA